UUGAUCUGCGGGAGCUGGCUCUCGCUUGCUCCUCAACGUGAUGCGCUGUGUGCCAGCAUUGCUCGCUCGCCUUCAGUAGUUGCUAGGCUGGCUGCACGCUGCAUUGUUGCCGGCGCUCUCCGGAGAGGAUCGGGCUGGAGCGGCCGCCCCACCUCCCCCCCAGUCUAGCCCGCGGCUGGUCGGAGGAACUUUUCUCCUUGCCUGGAGAAGGCGCCUGAGCAGCGCCCCCCCCCCGCACCCCAUCCCCACGUGCGCCCGGGAGGCGAGCGCCUGGCUGCAGCCUGUCCGCGGGGCGUGCAGAGCUGGGGGCCGGCGCCCAGAGCCGCUGGCCGCGGGGGGACUCUGCAGAGGCGGGACUUGCCCCGAUGCCGAGCGAAGGUGCCCGGCGGCAGCAGCAGCAGCAGCAGUAGCGGCAGCGGGGCAGGAGGAUGCCGGCGGCUGCGGGAGACGGGCUGCUGAGCGAGCCGCCGGCGGCGGGGUUCGGCGAUGGCGGGGAGCCGCGGAAGCCGCCCCUGGGCUCGGAGGGAAGUUUCCUGGCCGCCUGGGUCAGCGCCGCGGGCGCGCGGGAGCGGCUCCGCGAUUUCCAGCACACCAAGCGCGUCGGCAACUACCUGAUCGGCAGGAAGCUGGGAGAGGGGUCCUUCGCCAAAGUGCGCGAGGGGCUGCAUGUGGUGACCGGCGAGAAGGUGGCAGUGAAAGUUAUUGACAAGAAGAGAGCCAAGAAGGACACCUACGUCACCAAGAAUCUGAGACGUGAGGGGCAGAUCCAGCAAAUGAUCCGACAUCCCAACAUAGCUCAGCUGCUGGAUAUAUUGGAAACUGAAAACAGCUACUACCUUGUCAUGGAGCUGUGCCCUGGGGGCAAUCUAAUGCACAAGAUCUAUGAGAAAAAAAGACUGGAAGAGCAUGAAGCACGCAAAUAUAUCAGGCAGCUUAUUCUAGCAGUGGAGCAUCUUCAUCGGGCCGGGGUGGUUCACAGAGACUUGAAGAUAGAAAAUCUGUUGCUAGAUGAAGACAACAAUAUCAAGCUUAUUGACUUUGGCUUGAGCAACUGUGCGGGUAUCUUGGGUUACUCUGAUCCAUUCAGCACACAGUGUGGCAGCCCUGCCUAUGCAGCCCCAGAACUUCUUGCAAGGAAAAAAUAUGGUCCCAAAAUAGACGUUUGGUCCAUUGGAGUGAAUAUGUAUGCUAUGUUGACUGGGACUUUACCUUUCACUGUGGAGCCAUUCAGUCUGAGGGCUUUGUACCAGAAAAUGGUAGACAAAGAAAUGAAUCCUUUCCCUGCUCAACUCUCCACAGCGGCCAUAAACCUUCUACAAUCUCUGCUUGAGCCAGAUCCUGCAAAGAGACCAAACAUCCAGCAAGCUUUAGCAAAUCGUUGGCUUAAUGAGAAUUACCCUGGGAAAGCACCGCAUAAUAUCACUUAUCCAAACAGAAUUCACCUAGAAGACCUCAGCCAAAGUGUGCUGCUCCAUAUGACUGAAAAGCUGGGCUACAAGAACAGCGAUGUGAUCAACACUGUCCUCUCUAAUCGGGCAAGCAACACUCUCGCCAUCUACUUUCUCCUUAAUAAGAAACUAGAGCGCUAUUUGACAGGCCUGAGAAAGUCAGAUGUCCAUGAUAAUGUUUGCUACAGGAACCAGCUAUACCAGAUAGAAAAAUACAAGGGGAUCCAAGAUGCCUAUGAGGAUAAAAAGCAAAAAGAACAAGAAAAGAAGGGGGAGCUUCUCCACCGCCCACUUCCGAAGAAAAUAGAGAAAAAUUCACCUUCUUACAGACAGCCCUCCUCCUGCCUUAUCGCACAGAUACAGAACCCCAAGGCACUGCUGAAAGAGCGAAAAAUCACCAAGACUGGGGUUCCUGAGAAAGAUUCUACUGGUGGUUUAAGCCCUUACCACGAACCCAUGGCAACCAAGACCGGUUGUGUCAUUUCCUGUUCUCUGGAAUAUCUUGAAAUCCAGCCACCUCUUCCAAGGACACCUAGACUCCUUAAGAGGCAAGAUUCUCCUCAGCAAGAGUCUGCAAGCAUCAGAAGUCAGACAAAGGAUGCUCCUUUGAUUCUGAAUAUUGUGCAUUCUUUUGAAUCUGUUGAUAGAGAGGACCAAAUAGACCAGAUUUCCCCCUCUCACCAGUAUAGAAUUUUAAGUUCACCAGUGAAUUUUGGUUAUAAAAGCUCCAGUGAAAGGACAUUGUCUCCCCUUCUUCAGCCUGGAAGCGCAUCUCCUGCCAAAACUCCAGUUCAUGGAACUCAAGUCUCUUUCACAUUUGAAGAAAAGACAAGUCCUUUGAGAGAAGAAGUCAUGUCUCCUACUCAGCCAGCUUCAAAUAAUCUCUCCAAUCCUUUGGGGAGCCCUAACUGUGUUAAAAGCAGAGGUAGAUUCCCCAUGAUGGGGAUUGGACAGAUGUUACGGAAAAGGAAUCAGACAAUGCAGUCAACCACUGACAAGUCGCUGGAAGCAAGAAUGCCUCAGUUGCAGCAAAUGAAUCCAGCACAGAUUUCAUUUAAUGCAGCAGAUGCUGUGAACGGCCAGUGUUAAUCUGACAUUCUUGAAAGCUAGGAUUUGCAGUGCUGCUUUCUAGGGCUUCAAAUGUUAUAGAAAAAGAGAAAACUGCAGGCAUGUUGGUCUCCCUAUAUAAUAUAUUAUAGCAGCCAGCCUGGCAAAUCAAAAGUCUGCUUGUAAUGUUUUGAUGGGUUCUAGUUAUUGAAAUUGAAAGAAGAAGGCCCCACUUAUGCUGUUAAAAUAAUUUAGCAAAGAUGACAUUCAUUUGGUUUGACUCUACAGUGAAAUGUGUCUUAAAAGAUCUACUGAAAAUCUACAUAAGGAGAUGCUAUAUUCCAGUAUUACAUUAAGAUUUUUAGCUUCAAAAGAAGAGCAAGCAUAACAGCUUGAUUCACCAGUGUUACCUGCAUUAAUAAACUUGCCCUUGGCUUUCUGCUGUCAUGACUGCUGGUCCCAGCUAGGAACUGUGAUUGAGACUACAGUUGGUCUCAUAUCGUACUGAUACAAGUAUUGCUGAAGAAGAAGGAAAACACUAGAUAUUGUAUUGCUGAGACCAAGAGCUACACUUCUAAUUCAAGAACAGGCUCUAUCAAGAAGGAAAAACAGAUCAGUGGGAACUUGGUUGGAUAACAGCUUGAGUUCUAGACAUUCAGAGCAAGUGAAGGCUUUGAUUGUCAAAGCGGAUUUUACUGUUAAUCUUACAAACUAGAUAAUAGUUGAAUCUUUUUCUUAAAGAAAAUGUUCAUUUUGUAGGAGACGUUACGGAAAAGAAACAUUGUUUUAAAACUAGUUUGGUCAAAUUGACAUUUUCCUGCUCGACUCAUAAGACAAGUCUGCAAGUCUGCAAGUGGAUAAAACAAUAGUCAAAACUGCAACUUGGUCAUUUAAACAAUCUAGUCACCUCUGACUUUUGUAUUUGUACUAAUUCUGUGGAAGACGUAAUGGGAGAAUUGCAUUAACUUCUGUUUUAGCAAAUUAGCAUUGAUCAUACAUGAAGGCUUUUCUGAGAGACUGCAGUAAAUUUAAAAGAGUUAAAAGGACACACCAGUGCCAUUUCAGACUGCAAGGAUGGUAAUGCAGUGGGUACCAAAAAUUUAGUAGUAUUCUGAGCUGUGAAGAUUAACUUUCCUAACAGGCAACAUACUCUGCACACUGGCAUUCUUUUUCUAAGUAAACAAUACAUCUGAAUAAAGGGGGUAACAUUUUUGGUUAA